AUGAGUUCGGAAGAAGCCCCCGCCAUUACAAUUUCCCAUGAAGAUGAAGACAUUUUGAAGGCCUUUGAGAUCCCCUCAAUGGUUUUUGUUCCCAUGGUCCUGAAAGGAGCCCUUGAGCUGGGGAUUUUGAAUUGCUGGGCCAAGUGUGGCCAGCUCUCUCCAUUGGACAUUGCGGCCCGGCUCUCCAUCGACAACCCGGCCACGCCGGACAUGAUCAACCGGCUGCUGCGGCUCCUCGCGAGUUACUCCUUCUUAUCGCACUGCCUUGAAGAUGCAGUUAAGGAAGGAGGGGCAGAUCCUUUCACCCGCACGCACGGCAUGAACAUGUUCGAUUACAUGGGCCAAUACCCGAGAUUGAACGACCUGUUCAACAAGUCGAUGAUGAGCUCAUCCGCGAUUUACAUGGCCAAGAUCGCUCAGCAUUAUAGUGGGUUUUCAAAGGCGAAGACAGUCGUCGAUCUGGGCGGUGGCAUCGGCGAGACCCUGAAAAUCAUUCUCUCCAAGAACCCCCACAUCCGCGCCAUCAACUACGACUUGCCUCAUGUGAUCGCAGCUGCUCCUCCGUUCCUGGUAAAAUCGAUCCCUAUGAUAUCGAAGGUUUUGUGUAUUACGCAUGUUGGAGGAGACAUUGUAAAGGCCGUCCCUAAAGCAGAUGUCCAUUCCCUGAAGUCGGUUCUCCAUUGCGGGGACGAGGAGUUCUGUGUGAAGGUGCUCAAGAAUUGCUGGGAGGCAUUGCCGCCGACGGGGAAAGUGGUGAUUGUGGACGAGGUGAUCCCGGAGUAUCCUGGGACCGACGAUGUCUCACAGACCAAUUUCUUGAUGGACUUGAACGCUCUGAGGUUCGCCCCUGGCGGGAAGGCCCGGACGCAAAGGGAAUUCACAGACCUUGCCCGCGCCUCUGGGUUCCAUGCCCCGAAAUACGUUCUGCGCGUGUACAACCUGUGGUUGAUUGAGCUUCACAAGAAGAUGUGA